AUGUCCCUCAAAAACAUAACUUUCCUCUUGUUACUCACUUUCUUUCCUCCUCUUCUUCUGGGUUUACCCAACCCGGACGCGGCUACAAUUCAACCAUUUAAGCCAAACUCAUCACCACCAGCAACAAUACCUGCAUUCCCUGAACAAUCCAACCUUGCUGGUUGCCCAUUAGACCUUCCCAGUGAACUCUUCCAUGGCAUUAAAUCAGCCUGUGGCGGUGGCUCCUCUGCAACUGGGCACCUCCACAGAACCCGAUGCUGUCCUGUUCUUGCAGCCUGGCUCUACUCUGCUUACUCUGCCACUGCACUUAGCGGAGCUAACAAAGUAAUUGCAGCAACGACUACAGGUCGUUCACCAUCUUAUGACAUGCCAUUGCUUCCUGAUGAUUCAGAGACUUGUGUUGAUGGGCUCUCAAAAGGGUUGAAAGAGAAAGGCAUAGAAUUGGUUAAGCCUAAUGAGACUUGUGAUGUUGUGUAUUGUUAUUGUGGUAUUAGAUUGCACCCUUUGAGUUGCCCUGAGGCUUUUUCUUUGAACCAAAAGGGAAAGCUUGUUGGUGACAAGAGAGUUAAGAAAUUAGAAAGAAAUUGCUUGAGUAAUAGCAAUAAUGUGAAUGGAUUUCCUGGUCUUGGUGGCUGCAACAAGUGCUUAAACAGUCUUUAUUUGCUUAACAACAAGAAGACUUUAAAUUCAAGCAAACCAGAGGAUAGGACCACAAAAAUGCACAACAAAGAUUGCCAGUUGAUGGGUCUCACAUGGCUACUAGCGAAGAAUCGCACGGCUUAUAUUCACACAGUCACUGCAGUCUUACGAGCCAUGAUGAUGAGCACGGACGGCUCCGAUCCUCGGUCGUGCACUCUUAACAGCGAUGGAAUGCCUCUAGCCGUUGAUUCUUCUGAAAUCUCCAACAAUUCUUUGUCCAUCUCUCAUCAAGCUCCCAUCUAUGCAACCGUUGCUUUAAUUUGCUCCAACAUGUACAUGUGCCGUGGAUGGACUAAUGCUUUGUAUCGAGGAGACAUUUUGUGGUUCAUCUUUGGCUUGUUUGGUGGAAUUAUUUUGGGACAGCUGAAUUCUUCACGAGAAAUUUAUGGACUGGUGUCAACAUCUCACAGCAACGGGCCUUUUAUCUUCAUUGGUCUUGAUGCAUGCAGAAGAUCCAUGAUGGGGAAGUGGCUGCCAACUGGCUGGGAAUAA